UUUUUUUUUUUUUUUUUUUUAAAUAAUAAGGUUUAUUUAUUUUAAUUGUCACAACAACAAAAAAAAACCUACAAUCACCAGCUGCCACCUGGAGCCAUGGAGCCCAACAUGGAGAACUGUCUGGCUCAGGUGCUGCAGAAGGAUGUAGGGAGACGGCUGCAGCUGGGCCAGGAGAUCAUCGACUACAUCAACGACCGCGAGAAGUCCCACGACCUGGAGCAGGACCAGUCCACGCUGGACAAGAUGGUGGAAGGCGUCGCUACCUCUUGGGUCAACUCCAGCAACUUCAAGUUGGCUUUGUUAGGAAUGGACAUUCUCUCUGCCUUACUGAACAGACUGCAGGACCGCUUCAGAGGUCAGGUGUCAACAGUUCUGCCCAGCUUGAUGGACCGCCUGGGGGACGCCAAAGACCAGGUCCGGGACCAGGACCAGACCUUACUCCUCAAGAUCAUGGACCAGGCUGCCAACCCACAGUAUGUGUGGGACCGGAUGCUCGGGGGCUUCAAGCACAAGAACAACCGAACACGAGAGGGAGUGUGUCUGUGCCUCAUCGGCACCCUCAACGCAUAUGGUGCCCAGGCUCUCACCCUUAGCAAGAUUGUCCCCCACAUAUGCAGCCUUUUGGGAGACCCCACCAGCCAGGUGCGGGACGCAGCCAUGAGCUGUCUGGUGGAGAUCUACAGGCACGUGGGGGAGAGAGUGAGGACGGACCUCACCAAGAAAGGGCUUCCACAGUCCAGGUUGAAUGUAAUCUUCAGCAGGUUUGAUGAAGUGCAGCGAUCGGGGAACAUGAUUCCGUCGUCCAGCUCAGAUAAGAACUUUGAUGAUGAAGACUCUGUGGACGGGGGCCGGUCCUCCUCGUCUUCCUCGUCCAGAGGCCCACCCAGCGGCCGCAGGGGCGGAGCCAUGGGCUCCAUGCGAAGGCCCAGCUCUGCGUCGUCUAAGGGGCCAGCAGGGAAAGAGGGAGCGAGUGCGGGCGCAGUGGACGAGGAUGACUUCAUGAAAGCCUUCGAGGAUGCGCCAGCGUUGCAGAUCUACUCCAGUCGAGACCUGGAGGACUCCAUCAAUAAGAUCAAGGAGGUUCUGUCUGACGACAAGCAUGACUGGGAACAAAGAGUCACUGCUCUGAAGAAGGUGCGCUCUCUGCUGAUGGCGGGGGCUCUGGAUCACGAGGGCUUCUCCCAGCAGCUGCGUCAGAUGGAGCCGGCCUUUAAGCUCUCCGCCAAAGACCUGCGCUCACAGGUGGUGCGCGAGGCCUGCAUCACGCUGGGACACCUGUCCUUCCUGCUGGGGAACAAGUUUGACCACACCGCUGAGACCAUCAUGCCCACGCUGCUGAACCUGGUACCCAACAGCGCCAAGGUCAUGGCCACGUCCGGCGUGGCCUGCAUCCGCCUCAUCCUCAGGCACACCCACUACCCACGCCUCAUCCCCAUCAUCACCAGCAACUGCACGUCCAAAUCAGUGGCCGUCAGGAGACGCUGUUAUGAGUUCUUAGACCUGAUGUUGACAGAGUGGCCGGGGAACACCUUGGAGAAACACGUGGCCGUGCUCUCCGAGACCAUCAGGAAAGGCAUCCACGACGCAGACUCUGAAGCUCGCUCCAUCGCCAGGAAGUGUUAUUGGAGUUUCCAUGGCCACUAUGGCCGAGAGGCGGAGCAUCUGUACCAGGCUCUGGAGUCGUCCUAUCAGAAGGCUCUGCAGUCUCACCUGAAGGGCUCGGACAGCGUCAUGUCCCUCCCCCAGUCUGACCGCUCCUCCUCCAGCUCUCAGGAGAGCCUGAACCGGCCCUUCUCAGUGAAGAGUGUGAUAGGAGGCAGUAUGACCAGGAGUAAGGUGGUGAGCUCGCGAGCCCCAGCCACUCCUGGCUCGCUCCAGCGUUCCCGUAGCGAUGUCGAUGUCAACGCAGCGGCCAGCGCCAAGUCCCGCAUGUCCACGGUGCCCUCGGCUACACCCUUCAGCUCGGCCGCCGCCCUGCCCCCGGGCUCCUACGCCUCACUGGAUGGCGCGCCUGGCAGGCCAGAUGGCCGAGUGCGUACCAGGAGACAGAGCUCUGGCACCACGGUGGGGUCAAGCAGUACGGUCACAGAUAGCCGUGGUCGGAGCCGGGCCAAGGUGGUGUCCCAGUCCCAGCGAUCCAGAUCAGCUAACCCAACCAGUGCUGGUAGUCGUUCCAGUUCUCCAGGAAAGCUCCUGGGUCACACGUACGGCAGGAUCCCCCGCUCCACCGUCACGGCCACCACUCCAUCCACGGACAAGCGCCCCCGGGUCCCCCGCAGCCAGGGCUGCAGCCGCGAGACCAGCCCCAGCCGACUGGGCCUCGCCAGGCUGUGUGGUAAAGCUCUUGUUCCUGCCGCUUCUCCCUACCGCACGCUAGCCCGGACCAGUCGCAUCCCCCGGCCCAGCAUGAGCCAGGGAUGCAGCCGUGACACCAGUCGCGAGAGCAGCCGCGACACCAGCCCCGCGCGGGGCUUCGCCCCUCUGGCUUCCCGACGUCACUCGCGUUCCACCAGCGCUCUAUCCACGACCGACCCCGUAGGGCAGUCAGAUCGUUAUAGUCUGAUGCAUCAGGCUCGCAUGUCCGCAUCCAUAAAUGCCAUGAGGGUCCUCAACACCGGCACAGAGGUGGAGGCAGCCGUCGCAGAUGCACUGCUGUUAGGAGACUCCAGGAAUAAGCGAAAGCCAUUGAGGCGACGCUACGAGUCCCCGGGGAUAUACUCGGACGAUGACGCCAAUAGCGACGCGUCAAGCGCCUGCUCGGAACGUUCGUACGGCUCGUCGCGGAACGGCGGCCUGCCGCACUACCUGCGCCAGACGGAGGACGUGGCCGAGGUGCUGAACCACUGCGCCAGCUCCAACUGGUCCGAGAGGAAGGAGGGCUUGCUGGGCCUGCAGAACCUCCUCAAGAGCCAGCGCAUCCUCAGUCGGGUUGAGCUGAAGAGACUGUGUGAGAUCUUCACCAGAAUGUUUGCUGACCCACACAGCAAGCGAGUGUUUAGCAUGUUCCUGGAGACACUGGUGGACUUCAUCAUGGUGCACAGAGAGGACCUGCAGGACUGGCUCUUCGUCCUGCUCACCCAGCUGCUGAAGAAGAUGGGCGCAGAUCUGCUGGGCUCCGUCCAGGCCAAGGUCCAGAAGGCCCUGGACGUCACCAGGGAGUCAUUUCCAUUCGAUCAACAGUUCAACAUCCUCAUGCGAUUCAUUGUGGACCAGACGCAAACGCCUAACCUCAAGGUCAAAGUAGCCAUUCUGAGGUACAUCGAGGCGCUGGCUCGUCAGAUGGACCCCCCAGACUUUGUGAACUCCAGUGAGACGAGGCUGGCGGUGUCCCGCAUCAUCACCUGGACCACAGAACCCAAGAGCUCAGACGUCAGGAAGACUCUCCAUAACUGGGCCGGUGAGGAGCUCUCGGGGCGGCCCAGCACCUCGUCCCUGAUGCCGGGAGAGAUUAACAUGGAGGAAAGGUGUAAGCAGGCGGCUCAGGUGGUCCUGAUCGCCCUGUUUGAGCUCAACACGCCGGAGUUCACCAUGCUGCUGGGCGCGCUGCCCAAGACCUUCCAGGACGGCGCCACCAAGCUGCUGCACAACCACCUCAAGAACUCCAGCAACACUGGCGUGAGUUCUCCGAGUAAUACCAUUGGACGCACUCCUCCCAGGCUUCCGUCCAGCCGGACGAGUCCGCUCACAUCACCGACAAACUGCUCCCAUGGCGGCCUUUCACCCAGUCGUCUCUGGGGCUGGGGUGUGGACGGGCUCUCUAAGCACCCCUCCCCUCCCCAUCCUCCUCCUCCUCACUCCCUCCCCACCAACCCCUCCUCCCUCAGGGCCCUGCGCUGCGCGUACUCUCCCAGCCUGCUGGAGUACGACACGGAGAACAUGAACUCGGAGGAGAUCUACAGCUCGCUGCGUGGCGUCACCGAGGCCAUCCAGAGCUUCAGCUACCGCAGCCAGGAGGACCUCAACGAGCCUGUGCGCCGCGACGGCAAGAAAGAUGAGGCGGUGGGUCGUGAGGGUGCGUCUCCAGGCGGUGAUGCACGUCUGGGCCUGGACAUGGUUGAUGGGGGUGGCGGCCGCACAGCACUGGACAACAAGACAUCCCUCCUGAACACGCCCUCUCCCCGCUCCUUCGGCGUCCCCCGCGCUCGCGAACACGCCCCGUACGGCUACGCAGACACCAUCAGCGCCUACGACAAGAGCGCGCUCAAAGAGGCCGUGUUUGACGAUGACGUGGAGCAGUUCCGAGACAGCCGUCGUCAAGACUGCGGUGAGAACAAGAUGGUGCUGCCCAAGGGCUUAGCUCCUGUGGACCACUCGGAGUUGGUGGCGGAGCUUCUGAAGGAGCUGUCCAAUCACAACGAGCGUGUGGAUGAGCGCCGCGGGGCAUUGGUGGAGCUGCUAAAGAUGACCCGGGAGGACAGCGUUGCCGUCUGGGACGAGCACUUCAAGACCAUCCUGCUGCUACUGCUGGAGACGCUGGGGGACCAGGAUCACACUAUCAGGGCUCUGGCUCUGCGGGUUCUAAAGGAGAUCCUGAGGAACCAGCCAGCCCGCUUCAAGAACUAUGCAGAACUUACCAUCAUGAAGACCCUCGAGGCCCACAAAGACUCUCACAAGGAGGUGGUGCGGGCGGCAGAAGAGUCCGCCUCCACCCUGGCCAGCUCCAUCCACCCAGAGCAGUGCAUCAAGGUGCUGUGCCCCAUCGUGCAGACGGCCGACUACCCCAUCAACCUGGCCGCCAUCAAGAUGCAGACCAAAGUCAUCGAGCGCAUCGCCAAGGAUUCGCUCAUCACACUGCUGCCCGACAUCAUCCCAGGCCUGCUGCAGGGCUACGACAACACAGAGAGUAGCGUCCGCAAAGCCAGUGUGUUCUGCUUGGUGGCCAUCUACUCUGUCAUCGGAGAAGAUCUCAAGCCUCACCUGGCCCAGCUCACAGGGAGCAAGAUGAAGCUGCUGAAUUUGUACAUCAAGAGGGCCCAGACCACCAACAGCAACAGCAGCAGCUCGUCGGAUGUGUCGUCGCACAGCUAGCCACCACAGGACAGGGCUGCCACACGGGCACAACGCUAGCACGGACUCUCCCGCCGGCCAGCCAGCCCACCCGCUGCACCCUGCUGCCUUCUCAUCCAACCACACGCGUUUUAUUUUCAGUUUUUUUGUGUGGGGUGGGGGUGGUAAUAGUGCCCCCCUCUGCCUUUCCCCAGAGUCUCCUCUUCUCUUCUCUUCUCCUCUCUCCUUUCCUCUAUCCUUCUCUUUUCCGCUCCUCUCUUCUUUUCUUCUCUUCUCUUUUCCUCUCCUCCUCUCUCCUUUCCUCUAUCCUCUUCUCUUUUCCUCUUCUCUUCUCUUCUCUCCUCUCUUUUCUUCUCUUCUUAUCUUCUCUCUGCUCCAUUCAUUUUUGCUGUUACACAUUUGGCAUCCUCCACCAAUCCGCUCAGAGAGACCUCCCUGUUAUACCAUGAGCUCCAUCGUGCUCUCUCUCUCUCUCUCUCUCUCUCUCUCUCUCUCUCUCUCUCUCUCUCUCUCUCUCUCUCUCUCUCUCUCUCUGUUGUUCAGCAUCCCUCAUUCAUUUGUGUGGAGGGUAUAUUCUGAAUGUAUAGGGAGAUUCUGAUGUUUGGGUAGAAGCUCUUCCACCAGUUGGAAUUUAUUGUCAACAGGUGAAGUUGAGCUUUGUCCGUUUCCCUGUCCCAGCAGGGCAUAGUGCUACUGUAAAAUGAUUGGUCGAGAGGGGAAAUAGUGUUACUGUAAAAUGAUUGGUCGAGGGGAAACCUGGUCGUUUGAUCUUAACAAGGCAGAAAGAAAGCCUUUGAAAGCGUCCUUCACUCUGUCACAGGCUGUGGAUGUGGUCUAGUUAGGUUUCGGACCAGUAAACCGGGGGCGGGAGGGAGUUCACUUAAGUGCUGUUUCUCACAAGACAACCCUAGUUUUAAGUAGGAGGUGUUCUCCAUUUAAGUUCUCCAUUUUUUCCAAGAGAAACUUUAAAACAUUAAGUGGGAUUUGUGGAAAGUAGGUGAUCAUUUGGCUGGGCCAGUGAUUUCUAGUAUUUUGAUCAGAUAAGGCAAUGGGACAAGCUCAAAGAAAACUUUUGAGUACCAAGACUACCAAAAAUUGUUCAAAGUAGUAAUAUUUGUGUUUAGAAUUGUUACAUUUAUUUAAGAAGGUAAUAUUAAUUUAAGCAACCUUAGGUUAUUUGAGCCCACGAUUUAUGUUGCAAAAAUCUUGUUUAAAAAAAAAACGAUUCUUAUAAAUAUUAUUUUCCAUUUUAUUGUCGCUCAUUAUGAAGGCUAGCUGGCAGAUAUUAGUUUGGGGUUUUAGGACUUAUUAGAUCCUGAUUGUAAAUUAAUCAGAUUGACUUUCAUCAUUUUAUGUAUGAAUGAAUGAUUAAUUGAUUGGAAGGCCUAUGUGUGACUGUUGCCACAAUAGAGCAAGCAAGGACAGAACUACUGGAGAAUGUAGACUUUUUUUUUGUUUUUGCAAAAACCUGUGAAAAAAUAAAAGCGGAGUCUUCUUGGCCUUCCCUAAAGGACAAUUUGACUAAAUAAAUUGAAAAGACAAUCUGUGAUGUGGAAAAAAGCAUUUUCUGUAACUGAAGAUGAUUCCAGCCCAUUCUUAAAAGUGCCAGCUCAAGUCCAGCUCAUCCACACACUACACUGCAAUCAGCAAUCGGGCAAAUGCUCAGGCCUGUCACAAUAGGAUGGAGAAGCAACAACAACAACAACAACAACAACAACAAUAAUAAAUAACAACAUGGACAUGAGCAGUGAGGAGACGGAAUCAUAGUAAGACGGAGCCCUCAAAGUGACUCUUGGCCUUUUAACUGCUUUCUCUGAGUCAUGGACACAACCCCACCCACCCCCACCCCACCCCACACACACACACCUGUAAAUAAAUUGAAUGUCGCAGGUCGGGUGGCACAGGUGAAAAGCUGGUGUCAGGUAGAGGGGCCUUCAACAAUCAUUUCUGUCGUAGUGCUGUUUGAUUUCUCUCCCCCUAGCGCUGCUCAUCUCUCCCCCUCCUACCAUCUCUCUCUCUCUCCCUCCCUCUCUCUUUCUCUCCCUCCCUCUCUCUUUCUCUCUCUCUCUCCCUCUCUCUCUCUCAAAUGUGAAAUCCAGUUGCCUCGGCUCCAAGUGAGAAGGACCAUUGAAGACACUGUAACCCUUUGUUGCUCUUGACAUCCAACUCCACUUUGCCAAAAAAAGCCCCCCUCCACACACAGACAACCAAUGCUCCUCUGAUACACAGCCCCCCUCGUGUUUUGUACAUAACUCACUGCUGACCCCCUCCUUUGAGAGCGAUGAUGCAACAACAACAACAACAUCAAACCCACUGAAACAGAACCAAGGACGCCAACAUCAAAUCGUCAUGAACUUUUAAAAGAAAAACAAAUAACAACAACACAAGUUGGAUGUCUCAGUCCUUUUGCACGUUAGCAGAUAGCCCGCAUGUUUUGGGCCCAAGUGACUCUGGCGUGCUGCCGCCAUUGGCCUUGCCCAGGCUGCUGGAGCUUUCUCGUCUCCUCAGCUAUGACCAGCCUGGCCAGCCUGUACAUACAGUAUUAUUGUUAUGACUUAUUAUUAUUAUUAUUAUUGUUAUUAUUCAUUAUUGUUUUGGGGAAAGAGGUGGAGUGAUUUUAUUGUAGUGUUACGCUAAUAGAGGCCCAGUAAGAUGACCAAAACAAGCAUCCAUUUCUGCCUGGACCAACUCUGGACGGAACCCAUCUGAUAUCCCAUGAUGCCCUACUGCAAAGUGCCCUCUCGGUCAUGUUAGUGCUGUGAACAGCAGCAUGUGGCUAUAAGAGGGCACUUGGUGUGUGCGUGUGCCUUUUUGGUAGAACCUGGCAUAGUACAUAAUACAUACUGUUCCCUUUGUUUGUGUGGUUUGUUCAUUUGUAUCUUCCUUUUUGGUUUGUGAUGUGAAGGUAACAGCAGAAUGUGGCAGUCAGAAAUAUUUCAGUUUGUUCCAUAGGUCCAUUUUUAUAUUUGAUAUCCAACCUGUUCUCUCUGAAGUAAGGGAAAGCCAACAGCCCCUUAUGCAGUGGUGGCUCUUUGAUUUUUACAUUCUGCAGCUUUAUGAGGUUUAGGUUUGCCUUUGUUUGCAGAAAUGUUUUCCCCCUUAGCAGUAUGUUCACUUUGCAUGUAGACCUAUACAUUUUUGUGUUUGUGUGAGUGGAAUUUGUUUUGUCAUUCAUAUCUGUAUUUAAAAAAAAAUAACGUUAUUUUCUUUUUUUUUCUGUUUAUCACAUCCACUGUACAGAUUUGGGGGAAUGGUUGAAAUCCACCUGUGAUAGAUUUGCAACAAUAUACAUUUGUUUGCUCUAGAAAUAAACAAGGAUCAAAGUUUA